AGAAGACAGACGGAUAAGAAGAACGGUAUUGAUUUUCAGGGACGAUCUCUGAUUGUAGGACGUGCAUCUGAUGACAGACCUGUUGAUAUUGAACUCCAGCGAAUAACAAUUUACUGCAGUCCAAAACAGGCGGCUCAAGAAAACUGCUGUGAGGUAUCUGAUGGAAUGUGCAAUACCCAAGGAGACCAAGAACCUCCUGUUUCCCCAUCAGUUGCCAAGGUGUAUUUCCAACAAAACACAGAUUUGCCACCUGAAAAUAAAUGCUACUGCUUCCCAAAUAAGGGUGAAUCAGGGGUACCGGGAUCACCUGGUUUACCAGGCCAGAAAGGCGAUCCAGGAGUACAG